GCGACAGACUGUGGGCUAAGUUUGUCCGCCCUGGCUUCCCAUCACGAGUCGACGGGGCUUUGUUUCAUUGAUGAACAACAACUGUCGGUUUCGCUUAAAAAAAUUCACACCAAAAGUACAGGCGUUAGAAACGGUCAAGCACGCUGUCUUGUCGUGACAUUUUUUUGGAUAAUUUGUAGAGACACGGCAAAAAGAGAGGAAGGGAGGGAGAGGGAAAGUGCGGACGACUCUAAAGUUGACACUCUGCUGUCAUUUUUGGUACUUGUUGAAUAGGCUGUUGUCGUGUGUACAUAACACAACACUGGAGCGUGUGUGGGCAGCCUGCUGGGAACAGAUCACAAGUUCCAAAAAAUCCCUCUCUCGUGUCAGGGUCUUCUGUAUCACCAUGAGUCAGUGACAGCACAGGGACAGUGAUGGCAGAGCUGGAGAUCGACCAGUCCAACCUUCCACGUGUCCAAGAAGUGUGCCAGUGUUUUGCUGUGCUGGAGGAUGGAGCUUUGGCACAUAACCUGCAGGAGCAGGAGAUCGAGCAAUACUAUACCACCAACAUCCAGAAGAACCAGCUGGUGCAGAAUGACAUCCGUGUAGCCAAGAGGCUGCAGGAUGAGGAGGAGGAGCAGCGGGCCCAGCAGAGCGCCAUCUUCAGGCAGACUUCCAGACAACUAGAGGAGCAAGACUUUGAGUACGCCCGUGUCAUUCAGGAUGAGAUCCAGCGGUGUGCUGAGGAGGCCCAGAGGAGGGAGCAGGAUGAUGAGGAAAUAGCUAAACGAAUGCAGGAAGAGGAAGAGCAGAGGAUCAGGAGGAGGAGCAGAGGGCAGGAGGGCCACAGUGAAGGAGUGGCACUACAACCAGAACAGGGUGAAGCAAGCCUGGACCUUGGGGAGUUGCAUCAGGUCCUACGAGAUGAAGAACUAGCCCGCAAGCUGCAGGACGAAGAGGAAAAGCUGGUCAGGAGGAGCUCCCAACCCUCUCCAUGUAGUUCUUACCCAGAGGGAGACUUCAGAGUGGCGCAGGUGGCGCAGGAUGAGGAAAUUGCACGUUUUAUGCAGAAGCAGGAAAUUAAAUCAAAGCGAAGAUCUCGUGAGCUGGAGGGGCCGGCGUCGUGGCGCGAACACAGAGCAAUGAUCAGUCACCAUGACAGACGAGCUGCAAGAGAGAGACAGUCUCCUUUGCCUCAGGUGCAGCGAGAGAGACUUGACUCAGAGGGCCUUCCUUCCCCCACUGAGGACUGCUCCCCAGAGAACCAGCCACCCAGUCCCACCUAUACUUUACCACAAACCCAGCAGAUCAGAAACAUUGCAGAGGAGCUGGACCCGACCUUCCAGGCCCGGAGGCAAGACACAGACAGCCUUCGAGUGGGACAAACAGGUCCAGCCUGUCAGUCGCUUCCCAUGCCACAUUCUGGCUUACAUGACUUCCUUGAGGAGCCUACUUUCAUCCCACCCACAAAGCGGCAAACAGAAAAAUCUGGACGCACUAAACCAAAAGAAAAGAAGGAAAAUUGCAAGCAACAAUAAUGUCCAGCACAGUGUCCUGUUGGAGUGCAACUUUAUAUCUUGUAACACUAAAUAUCAGUUCAGUUACAGAGUUCUCAUUACUUAUUACCUUAAGUUCUGCCCCCAUAAGCACUUUAAACCAGUGGAACAAAGAGAAAGAGCUGAGAGAAGUGACAUUUUAGAAUAUUUCUUGAUUAAGUGAAUAAUGAAAACACUUUGAACUCAUGCAUUUUAUAAUUUUCAAAGGGAAAACUGAGGUUUAUUGAGGUAUUGCUUGUGUUGAGUGUUUAAUUUAAACAGUAUACAUUUUUUUUAUUGUUAAGAUGAGUUUUAUUUGUCUUUAUUUAGCUAAUCAUUAUUUUGUCAGUAUCCAAAAUGUCAUGUUUGUUUAGACCUGCAGGUAUUUCUGCAGAAUUUUGUGGGGUUUUUUCCUUUUAUAUUGUACUGAAGAUUUAUCUCUACAGCUGAUUUACUGAAAGGAAAUAACCAAGGUCAAAUGAUUGGUUACUUCCUUAGUGUCAGUUUAGAAUUGCCUAAAUGCAGUGUGAUAUCUUGGGGGAUUUUUUGGUAGACGCCGUGAGCUGUACACUAUUUAGGACAUGGUAAUAACUCAUCCAUAGCUCUGACAAAACCAACAAUUGACUACCGAGAAGAGAAAACAAGAAGUUAUUGCAAUAACCUUUGAACCUGAGAGAUGUUGGUAUCAGCAAAGCUACGUUAAGACAUCCACAGUUGGUUUGUUGGCCAACUUUGUUUCAAAGCAGUUUGGCCAUACUGUAGUCCUGUUUACAGUAGCACAGUGACAAUCAAAUGAACGUAUUUAAUUCUUAUUUAAAUGGAUAUCACAUUUGCUAGAAAAAUACAUUACAGUUGUCAUAAUUUUAUGUUGAAGUGCUUUGUAAUAUCCAAAUGUAAAUAUAUCCAACUCAUGAGCAUGGAUCAUUUUGGAGCUUUCAACUGUAUUUCAAAGAUUCAAAAACUUUACAAGUGCAUCUUUAACCUUUGAUUAUUUGGUACAACGUCCAACUCAUGUUUUUGUAUAUUUUUGUCUGUGGGUUUUUAUCAGUCCAGAGCCAAUUAACAUUAUUGGUGGCACAGGAAACCUGCUCUAACAACAAGGAUAUGAUUUUACACACAUAUAACCAUUCUGUAUUCUGUUUUUUUGUUUGUUUGUUUUUGUAUGUUCAUAUUAUUCCCACGUUUAAAACAUGCUUCAUUUUCUACAUAUGAAAUAUGCCACUGCUUAGGUGGACCACUAUGAAUGCAAAUGUUAUGUAUAAAAGUGCAACAAAUAAAAAAAUAUUUUUA